AUGGAUAAUACUUCAUCUAAUGACACGGCUUUGGGAUAUCUUAAAAGGAGGUUGAGAAGUUGGAAGGGCUUAAUUUGUGGAGGAGACUAUCUACAAUUAAGAUGUUGUGGACAUGUUCUUAAUUUGGUGGUCAAUGAAGGCAUCAAACACAUGAAAGAUAGUUUUGAAGCCAUUCAAAGUGCUGUGAGAUAUGUUCGGUCUUCUCCUUCACGGUUUCUAAAGUUUAAAAAUUGGGUUGAAUCUGAAAAAAAAACUAAGAGCCUUGUCUGCCUUGAUGUUAGCACUCGAUGGAAUUCAACAUAUUUGAUGUUACAAGCUGCAAUGAAGUUUCAAAAGGUGUUUGAGCGGAUGCGUGAUGAAGAUGAUGACUAUAUUGCAUUCUUUAACUCUAAGCAAGAGGAAGGUGUUUUCUCUGGCCCUAUUCUUGAUGAUUGGAAAAAUGCUAAAGUCUUCAUCAAAUUCUUAAAGAUCUUUUAUGACAUAACUUUGAAAUUUUCAAGCUCCCUUAUUGUAACAUCAAAUGAUUGUUUUCAUCAAAUUGCUCGUGUUCAGAAAAUGUUGCAGAAGCAUAUUGGAAAUAGUGGUAAUACUUUUUUGGCAGAUAUGAGCUUUAAGAUGUAUAUGAAGUUUGAUAAGUAUUGGGGUCAGGCAGAUAAUAUGAAUCCAUUAUUGAUUGUGGCUGUGAUUUUAGAUCCUCGGUACAAAUUAGUUUAUGCAAAUCACAUGUUUGAACUCCUUUUCAGUAACCCUGAAGAAUGUGCAUUGAUGAUGGAUAAGGUCAAAACUUGUUUGUAUCGAUUGUUUGAUGAGUAUUCUGUUGGGAUUUCUACUGAAUCAGGGCCUACCUAUGUUAGUAAUGCAUCUACAAGUUCAUUGCCCUCUCUUGAUGAUGAUGAUGAUGACGACAUUAAGGAUCCAGGGGCAAUGUGGUUAGAGUCUUUAAAGAAAAGAACUUCAAUGGAUCCACAAAGUGAGCUAGAUAGAUAUCUUGCAACUGAUUCUAGAGCUGAAAUCUCAUCAUCUGAUUCUGAGUUUGACAUAUUAUCAUGGUGGAAAGCAAAUUCUGAAAAAUAUAAAAUUCUCUCCCACAUGGCACGAGAUGUAUUGGCUAUGCCAGUUUCUACAGUGGCUUCUGAGUCUGCAUUUAGUACUGGUGGACGUGUAGUUGAUCAAUAUAGGAGUUCUUUAUCUCCUAAAAUGAUAGAAGCAUUGAUUUAUGGGCAAAAUUGGCUACAAAGUGGGCAAUCGCUAUCUGAGUUGGUUAAUAAGCUCCAUGAGUUUGAUAACUUUAAUGAGAUAGAAAAUAUUAUUCUGCUUACAAAUGUAACACUUGGAGGGGAGAAUGCGACUGCUAGUGUUGAUUGA